AUGGGACUGCCCUCUGCAUCUUCCAUCAACAAGCAUGUCGUCACGUCCAUCGUCCUGAGAAGAAGACUUCAACCGCCCAUGGCUAACGUCACAAACCACGAAACCACUUUCCCAGAGCACCCGACGGCGCAAAGCCCAUGUCCCACCAAAAAGCACCGCCUCUCGUCCCCGCCACCACCCUCCCACCUACUCUCCCUCCCCACAGAACUCCGUAUCCAAAUCCUCGAACACGUCUUCUCAGAGAACCUUCACCACAACGGCUUCCACCUCCGGCCCCAUUCCAGCAGCAGCAGCAGCAAUCCGCGCCUCAGCGGCAGCCAUCUCGACGAAACAUACACCGCCUCAAAACGGCUCCAACCCCUCCUCGUGUGCAAAACCUUCCACCGCGAGGGAACUCUCCCCGCGCUGCAGCGCACGCACUUCCUCGUGACGAACCUCUUCCUGCAAAUCCCACAGCGCCUGAACGCAAGAUUGCAUCCGAGGCAGAUUCAGGCGCUUCGGAAUCUUGCCUUUGUAGCGGAUGAUCGGCAUUUUCGCAGUCUGAUGGAGUGGCGCGGGAGGCCGUUCGGGAUGGUCUUGGAACUGGAGUGCCUGACGCUCGUGCUGCACCGGACGAACGCGUGGCACUACCUGUUUGAUUUCACGGGGGAUGUGGUGCGGCUGUUGCGCAGUCUGCGGGGCGUGCGGAAGUUUGUGAUUGUGAGGAAUGCGGCGCUGGUCAAGGGGAGUCUGAAGGCGUGGUAUAACCGGCUCGUCGGGUUGAUGUUGAAGACGGAUCAUCAGCAGCGGUAUGAGGUCUGCCCGCCACGGUUGGAGGAGACGUGGUGGGGGUGGGAAUUCGACGAGGAAGGGCAGAGGAUUGUGUUGCAGGCGAGGGAGGCCAGGGGGUGGGUGGAGGAGGAAGAAUACAUGCGGCAGGUGUUGCCGCUGAUGGAGGCGUUGCGGGCGAGCGUGGAGAGUGAGGAGUGGAAUCCGGAUCCGCGCGCGCGGAAUCAUUAUUAUUAG